AUGGAAAGCCGCGAACCUGCGGCUAAUCUUGAAAAAACAGCCCAAUCUCGGUCUUCUGCGCCGAGGGUCCGCCUGAGCUGUGAAGCAUGCCGUCAGCGAAAAGUGAAAUGCGAUAAACUGAGUCCAUGCACUAGUUGUCAGCGACUCGGUUUUCAAUGUGUUCCUGUAGAGCGAGCCCGUCUACCGCGGGGUCGUACGCGCAAGGCUCCCGAGCGAGCUGGCGGCUCGGACAGGGAACUCGCUGAACGGGUCGCAAAGCUUGAACAACUUCUGCGGCGAGUUGCUGCAGAGCGUAAUUCUCCAUUUCAACCUCAGGUCGAGACGCAUUCUUCCAAUGAUCCUGCUCCAGAAUAUAAACCUGAUAUGCAGGAGGUGGUUGAUGCUGAGACCUGGCAAGAGCAGAAUGCCCAGCUGGGCGACACACAACUGCCAUCAUCGGCAAACCUGACACAUCGGCCUCGUCCAGCGGUCACUUAUCUAGGUAGCUCGUUUUGGGAGGAUAUUAUGCACCAGACGCAAGAGCUGCGGACGGUGCUUGAUAGCCGUGUUGAAAAUGAUCAACUUGAACUCAAGAGUCCAACUGGUUUUGGCUCUUCUUUUGUCGGCUCUGAGGGCUCUGAGAGCGUCGCUACUUCGCCCCAAUCCCUGAAAGGGAUCAACAUCUCACCUCAGACACGCCGCACUCUCUGUGGUAUUUACCUUCGCAAUGUGGACCCUCUAUUCAAGGUUCUACACCGACCUUCAUUACGAGCAUUUCUUCAUGACGACCAGCCUUAUCUUGAUUAUGAUCAUGAUCACCAGGCCCCGAUUACGUUGGCAUUUGCCGUUUUUUCUGCCGCCGUCUGUACGAUUGAUGAUUCCCAAUGUCAGCUACUAUUGGGCCUAGACCAGAAAAAUGCAUUUGCCAAGCUCCAAAAAGAGACAGAAGCUGCGCUGGUCAAGGCAGAUUUUGUGACUACAAAUGAUUUAACUGUUUUGCAAGCCUUUGUAAUCUCACUGCUAGCGGCUCGUUGCCAAGACCAAAGCCGGCGUGUUUGGACCAUGUCAGCCAUGGCUCUUCGCGUAGCUCAAGCACAGUGUCUUCAUAUGGCCGACCCGCCCUUCCGAGUCAGUCCAUUCGAGCAAGAACUGCGUCGACGUUGUUGGCUGGGAAUUGGGAUGCUUGAUGUCGCAGCCUCGUUAGACAGAGCAUCUGAACCAAUGAUGCAAGCCGCAUGGGUAGACUCGAUUCUUCCAUCAAACAUAAACGACGAAGAUAUUUGGUUUGACAUGGAGGGUCCUGUCCAGGAACCACCGGAAGGGACCUUCACCGACUUCACGCUCCCAUUGGUCGUCGCAGCAGCCCAGUCUGUCUGUCGAUCUAUCGCCUUUGCCGAUUUCAUGGAAGCAUCAGUAAAGUCGAUGAGUGUGCGCCAACAAAUUCUAUUAGACUUCCAGAAUACAGCUUCUACCCUUCUGAGUGGAUGCCGACCAGAUAUCAACCCCUUUCAUCUAUACGCAAAAUGCACGGCGAAUUCAAUCAAUGGCUGGCUACAACUUGGCUGUCUCCGCCCGCUUCAACGAAGCACAAACUUUACUCCCCCCUCCGUCCAAGGAGAUAUUCUUCUCAAACUGGCCGCUGAGAAUCUUCAAAUGGCAUCAGAAGUCUACUGUAACCCAGCCAUGACGCAGUGGUCAUGGUUCGGCUCAAUGUGGGUUCCAUGGCAUGGGCUUGCGGUAGCUCUUGCCGAACUCUGUGUCUGCAAAGAAGCAGAAACCAUGUCAAAGUACUGGCCCGUGGUAUGGCAAGUGUAUCACCGAACGAGCUCUAUUAUUGCAGACUCACAGCACGGAAUGCUAUGGCGACCACUCGAAAAACUCAUGAAACAAGCAUUCAAUCGAAAACAAGAGCUGCUAGGUAGCCAGAGCUCAAAUGAUGCUAUCGAUCAGGUGUCUCUGAGCGAAGGAAGUUCUGUGAAUCCUGCUCAGCAGUUGAAUCCUCAUCCUCUGACAGACUUCUCGUUAGAGGGUAUGGGAACUAUACCUCCUAGCGUGCAAGUUAAUCUGCCCAUUGUAAUGCCGACAAACAUGGGACUUGAGUCUGGCCUUGAAUUAUGGCCCAAUGUCUGGGAUGCCAUGGAUUUAAGUGCCAGCGGGGCCCAAGAUUGCGAUGUUGCUUGGGCCAAUUAUACGAACUUCAUUGGAGAUGUGUAUGAUAGUGCAGACUCUAUCUUCCUGCCACGAUGA